AUGCUUCCCACUCACAUUACCCUCAACACUGGCGCCAAACUGCCCACCGUCGGCUUCGGUACCUGGCAAGCUCCCAACUCUGAAGUCGAAGCUGCUGUCGAAAAUGCCUUGAAGGCCGGAUACCGUCACAUUGACUGCGCAGCUAUUUACCGCAACGAGACUGGUGUGGGAAGCGGAAUUCAGAAGUCUGGUGUACCUAGGGAGGAGAUCUUUAUCACAGGCAAGCUGUGGAAUACGAAGCACGACCCGGAAGAGGUUGAGGGGGCUGUCGACAAGACGUUGAAGGAUUUGGGAACGAACUAUUUGGAUUUGUAUUUGAUGCAUUGGCCAUGUGCUUUCCGCAAAGGAGACAAAUGGUUUCCUUUGAAGGAGGACGGUGUCUUUGACCUUGUUGAUAUCGAUUAUGUUGCCACCUAUAAGGCGAUGGAGAAGCUUUUGUCAACUGGAAAGGUCAGGGCAAUUGGCGUUUCCAACUUCAACAUCCGUCGAUUGGAAGAUUUGCUGUCCAAGGUCGAUGUCGUUCCUGCCGCAAACCAAGUCGAAGCCCACCCAUAUCUCACCCAGCCGGAUCUGCUGCAAUACUGCCAAAACAAGGGCAUUGUGCUGGAGGCAUACUCGCCACUCGGAAACAACCAGACCGGAGAGCCACGCACCGUCGAUGACCCUCUUGUUCAGCAGAUCGCCCAGGAACAAGGAAUGGACGCCGGUGUCUUGCUGGGCAGUUGGGGAGUGCAGAGAGGAACAGUGGUUCUGCCUAAGAGCGUGACUCCGUCACGUAUUCUGAGCAACCUCCAAGUGAGACAAUUGUCAGACGAGGUAUUUGUCAAGUUGAACUCGCUGGAGAGACACAAGCGAUUCAACUUCCCUGCUCGAUGGGGAUACGACAUCUUCGAUGAGGCCGGAGAGGAUGCAGUCAAGCGUGCUGCAAAGGACAGCGCCGAGGAGAACAAGACCAAGUUUACUGUAUAA